CUGGUGUCCCGGUUAAGCUCAGUCAAUACCCACUCUCUCUCUCUCUCAUCCCUAACUGCUUAACCAUAUCUAUAUCUCUCUCUGAUCCCUAACUGCUUAACCAUAUCUAUAUAUAUAUAUAUAUAUACCCACCCACCCACCCACCCACACACACACUGAAAGUCUGAAAAGUGGAAACUAAAGACUAAAGAGGAGAAGGGAAAUGGGUGAGGAGCCGAGGAAGGCCAAGUUGAUGGUGGCGAUCGACGAGAGCAUGUCCAGUUACUACGCUCUCAAGUGGGUUCUCCAAAAUCUAAAGGAAUCCAUCAACGCCUCCGGCAAUCCCCUCUACAUCUUCAUGGUUCAGCCCCCGUCUCCUAUCAGUCUAUCCGUCUUCAAUGCCUCUGUUGCCCACGCCCGCUUGCCCUGCCCCAUCUUAACCAAUACUGAAUACAGCAACUCUUUCCAGGACCAGAUGGUUUCAAAGGGGAUUUUAGAGAAGGCCAAGAAUAUCUGUGCCAUCCAUGGGGUAAAAGCCGAAACAAUGGCAGAGGCUGGGGAUCCUAAGCAGGCUAUAUGUAAUGCAGUUAAGAAGCACAACAUCAGUUUACUGGUUUUAGGAGAUCCUGAGGUGGGAAAAAUCAGGAGGGCUCUUCUAGGGAAUAGUAGCAGCCACUAUGUUGAUAAUGCCAGUUGCUCUGUUCUUGUUGUAAAGAAACCAGAAUGAAAGCUUAAACCUUUACCAACACAGUUUAUGUCGCGGUUUGUAUUUAUCCAAUUAAGUAAAUGUUGGUGUGAUGGAUGAUGCAUUCGAAUCCUCAAAUCUAAUAUCCAACUAUGCUGUGUCUCUACGAAGCAGGACGAUGAAUUACACUUUGAACUUAAAUGUAUGAAUUGCUUGUUUUUAUGUAAAGAGGAUCAAGUGCAUAUAGUUAUUGUUUUAUGUUCAAAUCUGUGACGCUUUGACUUUAAAUUGGUGCCUCUUCUUUUUCUUAA